AUGGCACCCUCAGGCUCGUCGGCGACGUCGGUCCAAGUUGCCCUCCGGAUUCGACCACCCACCCACCAGGACUCGACUUCCAUCCCUACCCGUUUCCAACGUUCCGUUAUCCACGCUACCUCUUCAACUUCCGUGUCGGUCGACCCUGUAACUGGGCCGACGACUGGAGGACCCGCCCCAGCCGCUUCUUCUGCCUCUGCUGCAGCCGCUGGCAAGAAGCAGGUUUUCUCCUUUGACCAAGUCCAUGGCCCGCCAGCAACUCAACACGAAAUGUUCACCUCCACCGCUCUCCCUCUUAUCUCCCGAUUCGUGGAGGGCUUCAAUUGCACCAUUCUCGCGUACGGCCAGACAAGCAGCGGGAAAACACACACCAUGACCGGUAUUGACCUCGAUGCGGACCCCUCAGACCCAAACAACGGCAUGGGCAUCAUUCCACGCUCCAUCUCCAAAAUAUUCCAAACCGCCAGACAACUCCGUGACGAACGUGCUGGGGCCUGGACUUAUAACAUAAAGUCGUCUUAUAUCGAAAUUUACAACGAGGACCUUAUCGACCUUUUGACUGACGACACGGGUAGACGCGAGGUGCAAAUUAGAGAAGACAAAGAUGGCCAUAUCAUAUGGGGUGGGCUCAGAGAGGUGCCCGUCAAAAAUCCCAACGAAGUCAUGACCCUGCUUCGUAAAGGAUCAUCUAUCCGUAGGACGAAUGAAACCGAUAUGAAUGCUCAAUCUUCCCGCUCACACGCCAUUUUCUCCCUCACUCUUACCCAGAAGAAGUAUACUGGCGGUGGCGCUCCCCCUCGCUCUUCCUCUCCUCUUCCUCCAAACGGCCGCUCUCCAUCAAGACUUGCUCGACCAGGAUCAAUGUAUGCAGGCCCAGGAACUUCACGUGUGGCUUCACCAACUGGUGGUCGACCACCAACGCCCAGUUUUGCUUCUGCAAUGGGACGAGGUGGCGGUCUACGGCCCUCUAGCGCUCUAGGCCAUGCCGGAGACCGUUCCGGUAUGGACGAUGACGGUGGCGAAUGGGUCACCAUCGUUUCAAAAUUCCAUUUUGUUGACUUGGCUGGCUCAGAACGUUUGAAACGCACAGCUGCUGCUGGAGAACGAGUGAAGGAGGGUAUUUCUAUCAACAGCGGGCUACUUGCCUUGGGCAAUGUCAUUUCUGCUCUCGGCGACCCUUCUCGUGCAAAAUCCCACAUGUCGCAUGUCCCCUACCGUGAUUCGAAACUAACGCGGCUACUUCAAGACUCCCUCGGAGGCAAUGCUCAUACUCUGAUGAUUGCCUGCGUCAGUCCAGCAGAGUGGAAUGUGGGCGAGACCGUCAACACUCUGAAGUAUGCCAACCGUGCGCGGAAUAUCAAGAACAAUGCAGUCGUCAAUGCGAAAGAGGAUGGCUGGGACGAUGUCGAGUGGUUGCAAGGCACUGUGCGUCGCCUCCGCCAGGAGCUCAAGACCAUCAAAGACGGCGGCGUUGUUCCUUCCUCCAAUGGUUCCUCUGCCGAACCUGUCCUAGAGGGUGCAGGCAAGAAAGUGCUUGCUCAAAUGACGGAGUUACAGAACAAUUACGAGGACCUGCGGGGAAAAUUCGUCGAGCGGACAGAAGAAUUGACACGAUUGCGUCGUGAAUUGGGUGAGCGACAUCGAGGAAGCACUGGCGGUGCCAUUGGCGGGACUGGCAAGUACGAGGAGAUUGUGGGUCCUGUAAUCGAGGAGUACGAAAAGACCAUUUCGGCUAUGGAGGCCGAGUUAAACCUCAAUCGGGCGGCUUUGAGGCACACGAACGAGAUGGUCGAAGAAAAGGAGGAAGAAUUGGCUCUCGUCUCUGAACGACAUUCGGCUACCGAAUUAUAUGUCGAGGAAUUACGAGCAAGAGUGGCAAAGCUUACCGAAAGGGAGGCAUCGACUGAGGCAUACGUACGAGAUCUGGAGGAGAAGAUGAAAUCGUACGACGAGAGUUCAAUCACCUCAAGCGAGUCUAUGACGGAUUUGCGGCGCGAAGUAUCCAAGUAUCGCGACUCGGAGACUCAUUCUGCCAAGUACAUUGCAGAUCUCGAGGCCCGUCUUGCUCGAACAGACGAGUCUGUCCUCGCUCUCCAACAAACCAUAGAAAAGUUGGAAUCUGAAUGUGAAAGGCGCCGCGAAGAAGUUCAUCAUCUUCAAGCGCGACUCGACACCCUCCGAGACGAUGGUGACAAUUGGCGAUCUGAUCUCGAGGCCCGUGAACGCAAAGUCAAAGAACUGGAAGAAAAAAUGGUCGAGUGGGAAGCCAAGAAAAAAGAGGCUGGGGCAACACGUGAGCGGCUCGGAGUAGUUGUGGGUGAAAUAACACAAGCAAGGAAAAGCUUGGAGGUUGAUCUAGUCAAUGGGCACUCAUCCAGCGGGAGUGCGACCCCCGCUUCAGACGCAGGAACACCAUUGGCCUCUGUGGCACUCAUUCCGGACGCUGCUGACAAGCAUCCCGACGAAGUUCAACCGGAAGUUAACCCAGCUGUCCAUGACCAACUUCUUUCUUUGCAACAAACUCACACAGCAACGUUGGCUGACCUUGCAUCAGUUACUGCCAAAUAUCGUGAUGCCCUGCGCGAGAUUUCCGAUCUUGCGGCGCAAAUUCAGGAAGCGAAGCUUAGCGGGCACAAUGCGGAAAGUAGCCAUACCGUUCCUGAUUCACCUGCAUCCGAGACUCCAGUCGAGCGGCCUGUCGAAAUUCCGCCUUUUAGACGAAGAAUGACAGGUGGUCGUUCGCGCGAAUCCAGCGGUAGCGAGUCACAAUACAACUCUGCUGGAAGACGACUUUUUUUCCGGCAAGCGGCCUCUACAGAAUCGCUCCAUCAGAGGUCGCUUUCACAAUCGCAAUCCUUAUCGCAGGAGCUAUCCUCGGUGCACUCGCGCAAAACCUCUGUUUCGACGAGUAGCAGCUCGCAUUCUCCCUCAAAUUCUCACUCUAUCCCAUCCCCGUUCUUGUCGCCACAUGGCCGGCCCAACCUUUCGAUUUCGCUUCCGAAUACCGCUGCAUCACCUAUUCAACUGACAAAUGAGCGGUCUGUGCAUAGUUUGGAGAAAGAGAUCAUGCGAUUGCAAGAGGUCUUGAAGGAGCGCGAGACCGAGAUUGCUUCGCUUGAAGGGUCUCUGAAAGAGAGCCAAGCCCAAACUGCUGCAGCGGUUUCAACUGCUGCCGUUGUCAAGACCAACGGCGUAACCGAACACGAGCCGGUCACCCCCCCUGGAAAUAGGUCUGAGGAGGAUAUAGCUGCCAGCCGGAUUCACCUUUCUCCCAAGACGAUCAGCCAAUUUGACACCAUUCGCCGGAGCAUGAACCACGAUCAGACCCCGGCAAGUGUGACGACGGACACAGAGUCAGAACUUGGUGGAGGUUCAACAUUUUCAGAGCACGACGAGUCGCUGGAGCGGCUUAAUGAGCUUAUGUUAUCCAUGGCACAGAAGGAGUCGCAUCAUCGCGAGAUCGUGGAUGGUCUUACCGAGCAACUUACUUCAAUCCGAAGGCAACACGAUGACUUAACGGCUCUCUCGCGAGACCAGGCCGCGAACAUGUCAGCAGAAAUCGAAUCCCUCCAAACAAAACAUAGUGAUGUUCUGGCGGACCUGGAACAGGCCAAGGAACGCGAAAAGAAUCUUGUUGAAUCACUGGAGAGAACUGUGGGCGAGCACGCCCAGGAGAUCGAAAAGCUGCAGACUGAAAUCGACAACGCAAAAAUGGCGCAUGAGAAGGCAAUCGAGCAACACGAUAAAGAGCUCCAGCAACGAACAGCUGACAAUGAUGAAGCGCUUGCGCAAGCCCAGCAACAACACGAGGGUGCUCUGGCGAGACUCGCAGCCGAACAUGCUGAAGUUCUGAAGCAGAGGGAUGCCGAGGCCGCCGCCGCUCUCCAAACCACGGAGGGUGACUAUUACGAUGCCUUGACUAAGCUUCGGGCCGACCAUGCCACCGCUUUGGAGUCACAUGCUGCUGAGUCAGCUGUCGUUUUGGAGAGACUGCGGGAGGAGCAUGCUGCAGAGCUUCGAGUCGCAGAAGUUGCCCGAGAAGGGUCGUUGUCCGAGUCACAAUCCUCGAUGGAUCUUGCAUUGAGGGAGCUUCAAGACGCUCACGCUGCCGCCGUCAGUCGGAAAGAGACCUCCUUUGGCGAGGAGUUGAAAGAACUCAAGAACGAGCACGCUCGGGCACUGACGACAAAAACCGAGGACCACGCACUCGAAAUGGACAAAUUGCGCUCAUCACAUGAGGGGUUGGUUGCCAAGUUGAAAGAAGAGUGGCGUGUAGAGAGUGAACAACUCAACUCCGCAUUGGCUGCGUUGAAGGCAGAGUCCACCGCUGCGUCGCUCAAGGCUAGUGCAGAUUCAGACAAGGCAAUCCAGGCGCAGAAGGAGUCUCACGCCGCUGUUCUCGGGGAAAUCGAAAAGGGACACGGUGACGAGGUUGCGGGUCUCAAGACACGACACGACGAAUCCUUGCGGGCGUCUCUUGCCGAGUCAGAAACGCAAAAAGCAGCACUUGUUGCCGCCCAUGCUCAAGAGAUAACCCUGCUCAAGUCGCAGCAUCAAGAGACGAUCGCAGAGGUGAACACCUCCGUUGUUAGCCUGCAAGCUGAGCAUCGUGAGGUUAUGGAGACUUUGAAGGCUCGUCACCAAAGGGCACUGGACGAUGAAAAGGUUCAACUCGUGGCAACCUUGGAGGACCUCAAAGCGCAACACUCCAAACAGCUCCAAACUCUUCAGAAAGACCGCGAUUUGCUUGCACAGGAAAUCGAGUCGCACAAGGCCGCAGCGGAAGAAUUUGGACUUGUCCGAGGCGAGAAGGAUGCUCUUGUCAAAAGUCUGGAAGAGCAGCUAGCCACUGUCCGUGCCGAGCAGUCCGGAUUUGAGGGACAAGUUGCACAACUCCGCGAAGAGUUGGAUCGUGCCCAGAAUGAUCACUCUCAACAAGAAGAGCUGCAAAACGAGAUUUCGAAGCUUAAGCAACAGCUGGAAGACAGUCAGAAGCAACACUCGACUCUUGGCGCUGAACGAGACGAUUUCGAAGCCGAGGCCGCUCGCCUCAGAGGAGAACUUGCUCAAUCGCGUUCCGCUCAUUCUUCUAUCGGUGUCGAAAAAGAUAACCUGGAAGCUCAAGUUGCGAAACUCCAGGCGGAACUCCAGACAACUCGUGAUGAACAAUCAGCGUUGAUUCAGGAGGCCUCGAAGCGAGAAUCUUUGGUUGGAGAGCUUGACCGACACCGGUCUAUCUUGGCAGACAUCCAAGAGAAUCUUCAACGUGUUAAGGACGAGAAGGAUGUUCUUCAGACCGAAAAGAACCGCUCAGAUACCCUUGUCCGUGAACUCCAAGCACAAGUGCUUGCCCGUAGCUCCUCUCCGCCUAUCGGUAAUGGCCGACCUUCUCGCGCUACUGCGCUACCUGCCAUGAAGUUGCCUCCUCCCACACCACCUCCAUCUGUUCCUCCCCCGCCUGCUCCUCGCACUAAUGGUGAUAGUAUGUCGUCCCAUACUUCUGGUGUACCUUCAUCGUCUUCCCGUGAUUCGCAAGUCGAGACAUCUGCGACCUCAGCACCCUCUCAAAACGGUUCCGUCUUGUCCGAUACGAAGACUGUUGCCCGACUGGAAGCGCAGAACAAGCAACUUGAAGAGCAAGAGGCAAUGAUCAAGACGCUCAACAAGCAACUAACGCACUGCGAGAGCGAUCUCCAAACCCACAUGGAUCUUGUCAGCACGCUAGAGACGUCACUGGGUGACUCCGAAAAGAAUCUCCGAAAAGCCCGUAUGCAUGCAACUGAACUAGCCAGGGAGCGGGAUACACUCAACACGCGGAUUGAGACUCUCCGAACUGAACUGGACGAUGCCAAACGCGAAAUUACGAGCAUGAAGAGUUCUGUGGUCCAGGAGAAGCAAUCGUAUGAACAACGGUUGACGGAAGAGCGCAAGGCGAAAGAGCGCGCCCGUCAGGAGCUGGACAUGCGAGUUGACGAAAUGCAAAGACGCAAGUCCAAGUUCAACUGUCUAUAA